AUGGGCCGAAAGGAGAACCCCGCGCACCAUAAGCUUUCUCGACCAGGUGAACCGGACUGGCGAUCGCUAACGGAUCGCAUUGGUCGUCGUCGGGUCCAGAAUCGCCUCGCGCAGCGCGCAUAUCGGCAGAGCGCGAAAAGCCAAUCAUCACAGCUAGCUCGACUAGAGAGUGAGUUAUCUGGGAUUCAGAAAGAAAUUCGUUAUUCGAAGCCAAUAAGCGACUGCGUGAACGGGAUGCAGCCACCCGAGGACAAUUGUUCUUCUGCAAACAAAAUUGUUGAUACCCCAUCGCCUGCACCGACAUCACUUAUACACUUGGCGGUAGAGCAAGGCCAUAUCGGUGUGUUGAGAGCUCUUUUGAAUAACGAUAGUGAAAGACAAAAUUUGAAUGCCAUCGAUGCCAGCAAUCAGACUCCACUCCACAAAGCAUUGGAGAUUGGCCAGUUGGAGAUAGCACAGGUCCUCAUUGAAUAUGGAGCAGAGCUGGGGAACAUUGUCGAUAGCAACUAG